CUCUCUCUCUCUCUCUCUCUCUCUCUCUCUCUCUCUGUUCCGACUCUAUUUCUAUUCCUCUUUGUAAAUAUCUUUAUUUACGAUUCCGAUGCUUGAGUGCGGUUACCCCAAUCUCUGCAAAUGUUUGUUUCGAUUAGUAAUAGAGAUUUGGAAUUCAAAACUUUUUGGAUUUCAAUGGGUUUCUUCUGAUUUUGGUGAUUGAAUCUGGAUGUCUCAUGUUGGUUCCUGAAUGUUAUUCAUUGACCCCCUUGUUCGUUUAGGUUGUGGAGAAUUUUCGGGGAAAAUGGAACAGACCCAGAAAUUUAUAGCAUGCUUUUGACUUUUUCUUCUUUGCUUUCUAUUUCAAUAACUAUAGGUGCCCAUGGAAGCUGAAGGUUGUGUCUGGUUUAUUAUUUUCACCAUUUCGAGUUGAUCCUGAAACUGUGGAUGAAGUAAAGAAGGACCCUCCUCUUUGCGCGUGUCCCGUCCUCUUCUCCAAUUCUCCACUAUCACAAAAGCCCUGUAUCACCUAUACCGAUCUCUUCCUCUUUGCACUGUAAAAGAGAAUGGAGGUCAAGCUUUGGAGCGACAAGCGCGAGAGAGAAAUGUACGAGAACUUUGCGGAGCUCUAUGCCAUUAUCAAGGCGACUGAGAAGCUUGAGAAGGCCUAUGUUCGAGAUGUAAUCUCAUCUCAGGAAUAUGAAGUAGAAUGCCAGAAGCUAAUAGCCCAUUUCAAAACUUUGGCAUCUACCCUCAAGGAUACCGUGCCAAACAUUGAGAGAUUUGCCGACACAUACAAGAUGGAUUGCCCGGCGGCUAUCAACCGCCUUGUGGUAUCCGGAGUCCCUGCAACCGUUGAGUACCGGGCGGCUGCUGCUUCCUCUGCGUCUACCUCUGCUGCCAUUGUUGCAGAGUGUGUGCAAAAUUUUAUAACAGCCAUGGAUUCCUUGAAGCUUAACAUGGUGGCUGUGGAUCAGGUCCAUCCUUUACUCUCAGACCUUUACGGUUCACUGAAUAAGUUGAGCAUUUUGCCAUCGGACUUUGAAGGGAAGACCAAGAUGAAAGAAUGGAUUGCAAGGUUAGCUAAGAUGGGAGCAGCAGAUGAGUUGACAGAGCAGCAAGCUCGGCAGCUUCACUUUGAUCUUGAGUCUUCUUACAAUUCCUUUAUGGCAGCUCUACCCAAUGCUGGUACAUGAUUGAGUGGGGGAUGCUUGUAAAUAAUGUUGAAAUUUCCUUUUGUUCUGGUGGGCUUAUAAUUUUUUUUUUUGGGUUUAUUACUAUUCUUGUUUUUGUUUAUUGGAGAGCAAUCGGCUAUUUGGUGAUAGCUUAUACAUUCUAAAGGCUGAAUAUUGCCAUUAUGUGGCACUAUGCUGAUCAUUAAUGCUUGCUCUCAUAGUAUGAACGAGCUCUAAACUUCUCCUUCGUCCUUGUACCGUUUGGUUUGAGUUUCCAAGUACUUUUGCGAAGGGUUGGAGAACA